CGCACACACACAUGCCGUCUUCCCUGUUGCGUCCCUCCCUCCCUCCCUCCCUCCCUCCGCCCCUCCCACAGUCAAAGCCCCUGGCCUCCAGUGGGCGUCAGCGGGGUGCCCUCCCCCUCGCUCUCUGGCUCCCUGGCUCCUUCCCCCUGACCUCUGUCAGUGUGUCGGCCACACCGAUAAAGGUCCCAGCAUUAUCACAGAAGCGGUCCACCGGCUUUUUUUUGUUUGACUCCAGCUGCCAUUGGGAGCGCAUUGAUGAGGCUGCCGAUGCCGACGGUUGCCUCUGGAAGGUGCCUGAACGAACAAGGAUAGGCGGGCGUUAGCGCAGAGAAGCGCAUGCAGCGGGCGCCGGCCGCACACUUGCCGGUGCGCUCGCUCAGGUCAAGGCGCAAGAGACGCGAGUCGCGUGCAUACGCACAUGGCGGCAUGCACGCGUACGCUGGAUGACGCCACCUGACUCUUCUCCCAAACCGUCUCAUCUCAUCUCAUCUCGGCGCGCCGAGGCAAACAUGCUGGCUUUGGACACCAUUCUGAGCGGGACGCGGCGGCUGGCCCAGACUCGGAGCAGCGGGUCCCGGGCAGUGUCGUUCAAGUCACGGCCAAAUUCCAGAACCGCUGCUGCCAGCUGGGCGUGCGUUUUGCUGCUGCUGCUGCUGUUGCUCACCCCACGAGUGGAUUCGUCAUGGUGGUACAUCGGUGCGCUGGGCGCACGCGUGAUCUGCGACAAUAUCCCGGCCUUGGUCAACAAGCAGCGGCAACUGUGCCAGCGCCACCCGGAUGUCAUGCGGGCCAUCGGCCAGGGGACCGAGGAGUGGAUCAGAGAGUGCCAGCACCAGUUCAGACAUCAUCGCUGGAACUGCAGCACACUGGAACACGAUCCCACCGUCUUCGGCCGCGUCUUGCUCAGAAGCAGCCGAGAAGCGGCGUUGGUCUACGCCAUCUCCUCCGCCGGGGUGGUCUACGCGCUGACGCGGGCCUGCAGCCAAGGGGAGCUCAGCAGGUGUAGCUGCGACCCACAAAAGCGAGGUGGAGACAAGGACGAGCGAGGAGAAUUCAACUGGGGCGGCUGUAGCGACCACAUCCGCUACGGGAUCAGGUUCGCCAAAGCCUUCAUCGACGCCAAAGAGAAGACGCUCCGCGACGCACGGGCGCUCAUGAACCUGCACAACAACCGCUGCGGACGAUCGGCAGUCAAGCGCUUCAUGAAGCUGGAGUGCAAGUGUCACGGCGUGAGCGGCUCGUGCGCGCUGCGGACGUGCUGGAUGGCCACGUCGGACUUCAGGAAGACCGGCGACUACCUGAAAAGGAAAUACGACGGGGCCGUCGAGGUGACCACCAACCAAGACGGGACGGGCUUCGCCGUGGCCGACCGAGCCUUUCGCAAGGCCACCGAGAACGACCUGGUCUACUUUGAGAACUCCCCCGAUUACUGCCUGCCGGACAAAUCCACAGGUUCUAUCGGCACCGCCGGGCGCUCGUGCAAUAAGACGUCCCGCAGCCCCGACGGAUGCGAAGUCAUGUGCUGUGGGCGGGGCUACGACACCAGCACAGUGGAGCAACUCACCCAGUGCGAGUGCAAAUUCCAGUGGUGCUGCGCCGUGGAGUGCAAGGUCUGCAAGGAAACGCUGGACGUGCACACGUGCAAGGUCCCCAAGCAAGCUGACUGGUUGGACAAGACCUGAG